GUGCCACGUGAACUCGGUGCUUCGUGCGUCUUGCUAGGUGAACUUGAUGCUUCGUGCUACGUGCUUUGAGUGCAACCAUGAAUUAACUUGGUGCCCCUCUCCCUCUCUCUCCUUACGUGCUUCAUGAACUAACUUGGUGCUUCGCACUUCAAGAACACCGACGUGCAUUGGUGCGCUACUCAGCUUGAGGCUUUGUCAUUCUUCGUUGGAGGCUCCGUCGAAUUGGACGCCUGCGUCGACUGGCUCCCUCAGGGAAACUUGUUAUUACUAUUAGGAUUUUUAAUUUUCUUUGCGCCGAAGGGGAGGAGAUGCAAGCCAGUAAUGUUGCAAGGCAUGAUGGUAGAACGGCGAACGAACUGAGACCCCCGGGUUGUAUCCGAGGGCUGCUGCACCAAGCUGAUGGGUCAGCCAGGUGGUCUCAACAGCAUACCAGUGUGCUUGCUGCAGUCUACGGUCCUAGAGCAAUUAGUCAAUGGAAGGAGAAUGCUGAGCAGGCGAUGAUUGACGUGAUAUGGAAAGCGAAGAUCGGUGGGCAGCUCUCGAGCUCAGACACAGAAGCUCAGGCCGCCAUCCGGCGCUUUGUGGAGACUGUCGUGAUCAGCGAGGCCUACCCGCGAGCCGGUAUCUCCGUCAUCGUGCAGGUGAUCCAUGACGAUGGAGCUCUUCUGGCGUGUGCGGUGAACGCCGUCUGCGCUGCCCUUGUCGACGCGGCGAUCUCCUUGAGAGGGAUGGUUGUCGCCGUCGGAUGCGCCGUCUCCAGGGAAGGAGGGGUCUUUCUGGACCCGACCAAGACGGAGGAGAAAGAGUUCCCGGCCUCGCUCUGCCUCGCGCUGCCCGCUUGUCCCAUUUCUGUUGACGUCAACACCCGCGGCAAUGUAGAUAGGCUUGCGAACGAUGUGCCGGUCGGAAAUCAGCUCUGCGACGGGGAGGUUAUCUUAUCCGUCACCCGCGGUUCGAUGGAAGUGAAGACGUAUCUGGCCUGUCUAGCCAAGGCACAGGCAUGUUGUGCGCCCUUGUCGAACGACAACAGUGGUGGACGUUUGCACCUGUUCACAGGCGACACGGCAGCGUUGUUGAGGGUUGUCAUCACCCCUCCAGUUCACGGGGUUCUUUGCGAGUACGCUGCCUGUGACAUUUGCUUGGAGUUUGUGUUCCAGUGGCUCCGCGACGUCGUCCUCUGCGAUUGCAGACGUAGCCCGUCCUGCACGAGGUUGAUGGAGGGUGAUGUGCGAGGUACGGCGGUUCCCGGCAGACAGCGCGGUUGUCCUUUGAGCCUCGGCGAGGUGCGACCAGUUACAAGCACCUGCAUCGAUGGAGGGCGAGCAGUUGAGGACACGGAGAGGACUGUCUGCAUCGGAGAUGAGCGCAGUGGGGGCGGCGGUGUCAGCGGUCGAUGUCGGAUGUAGUGCGGAGAGAGUGCUGGGCGUCAUGAAGUUGAAACUUUCCAUGCGUAGGCGAAGGUUGCUCAUGCAGCAGAUCGUCAACAUCCCAGACUGCGUGUCUGCUUCAGAGGCAGUCAUUCAAUUAUGCUCCGCACUGUCGUCCGGAGUCCACACGCCGGACGCAUCCACCUGGACAGCGGAUGAGAAGCAUACCCAGUGAGCACUGCAUUCGGCCGGCCAUUGAUGUCUCCGUAUGCCAUAAAAAAAUAAAAGUUCUGACCGUUG